UCAUUAUCAUUUUGACAUCUGACACGUUUAUGAUUUGUUUCUAUCCGACUAAAUGAAAAAUGUUCAAUCCAAAGAUGUUUCUGAAUAUAAAAGCAGAUCCAGCAAUAUUAAAAUAAUUAUUUUAUUUGUUAAACUUUGUUAAAAUUACUGACAUCACCAGCAAGAAAAAAUGGAUCUAACAGAUAAAAACGUAGUUUUUGUUGCCGGUUUAGGCGGUAUCGGAUUUGAAGCGUGCAAACUAUUAAUGACUAGAAAUUUAGCACAUUUGAUAAUAUUGGACAAAAUUGAAAAUUCAAUGGCUCUAACAACUCUAGAGAUGAUUAAUCGAAAAACAAAGGUUACCUACCAAAAGUUUGAUGUCACAAAUAAAAUGUGCAUAAAAAGUACAUUCAAUGAGAUUAUGAAUAUUAUUGGCUGCAUUGAUGUGUUGAUAAAUGGUGCGGGUGUAAUAGCUGAUCGGAAUAUUGAGCUCACUAUCAAUGUAAAUUUAAUAGGUCUUAUUAAUACCACCAUGGAAGCUCUUCCGUACAUGGAUAAAACACAAAAGGGUAGAGGUGGGCUUAUAGUAAAUAUUGCAUCACUUUUAGGCUUAGAUCCAUGUCCACCAAUAGCCAUUUAUAGUGCUUCAAAAUUUGCAGUUGUAGGAUUUACUCGUUGUUUGGCGGACUCGUAUUAUUACAAUCUUAGUGGAGUUGCGGUAACUGCAAUUUGUCCUGGACUUACAGAUAGUCCAAUGACUACCGUUUCUAAAAUUAGUGAUACGUUCGAUUAUUCCAAGCCAUUAACAGAUAAAAUAUUUUGUGCGCCAAGUCAAACAGCCACCACAUGUGCCAAACAUUUGUUAAAUAUCAUUGAGAGGUGUGAAAAUGGUUCGUUGUGGAUUAGUAAUAGAGGUUCAAUGACAAAAGUUGAACACCAACUUUAUUGGCAACCUUGAGUAAUCAUAAAAGUAACAAGAGCCAUUUUUUAAGUAAAUGAUUAAUGAAUAAAUUAAAAUUAAUCGUGGAAAAUUGUUUUUUUGUUAAUUAAUUUUGUUUAAUAGUUUAAACGUACAUGUUCGGACCACUUCCAUUGUUUAAAUAUAAUACGUAAAUAAAUACAUACAAACAUACAUACAUAUUU